AUGAAAGCGGGUGUUGGUGCAGGUGUUGACGCAACUGCCAAAGACCAAAUAGCUCCUGGAAUGAUUAGUGCGACGGUUUUUGAUACGCAAGCUGCACCAGAUGUUGUACAGACCAGAGCGAAAGUCACACAAAUGCUAGUGACUGUAGAUACAAGUGGCAAGAGUUUGAUAAACAAAAAUGAUCCAGUAGCGACUAAGCCUAUUGAAACACCGUUGUAUCAAUCAACAACCAGCAUUCCUACAUACGUUGUAUCGACCACAGAUACCCCAACUACUGUUUCUUCCGUAGAAACGACGAAUGUUGUGUCCCCAGUAGAUACCGUAAACGUUGUAUCAUCCGUAGGUACCAAAAAUGUUGCUCCGACAGUUGAAGCAUCAGUAUCCAGCUCAAUGGCAACCGGUCAGUCGUUAGUGUCUUCUUAUGUUGAUACUGGACCCAGUCAGCGAGAGUUACAGAUGAUUGCAAGGGAAAGAAAGGCACAGAAUGACAUUCAGGAACUCAUACGUCAACAAAGGGAAGAAUUAAGGCGGCUCGAAGAUCAGAAACGCGAGCAUCAGAGACAGCUCAUGCUUGAAAAGCAACGGGUUGAGUACGAAAAGCAACAGCUAUCGCUUCGAAAACAGCAGAUGGAGAUCGAAGCAUUGAGAAAGGAACAACUUUACCAGCGUCAAUUAAUGGAAGCACAGAGAAAGCAGAUGCAAGCUGAUAGAUUAAAAAUGGAACAAGAUAGACUGGCUGCCAUUGAACUUGCAAAGAAAAAGGCUGCGGAAGAAGAACGGUUAAGGCUUGAAAAAGAAAGAUUGAAGGCAGAGCAGGAAAGACAACGUCAGGCUGAAAUAGCUUUCCAGAGGGUUCAGCAAGAAAGAAUGAUGCAAUUGGAGUUUCAAAAACAGCAGGAAAUAGAGUUGGCUCGCCAACAAGCAAUAGCUGAAGAGAACAAAAGGCUUGAACAGGAACAACAAAGGAAGGCUGAAAUUGCCAAGCAAAAAGCUCUCGAAGCCGAAAAGAGACGACUCGAGGAGGAACGUAAAAAGCAAGCUGCUGCUGACGAGGCACGCAUGUUAGCAGAAAUACAGGCAGCAAUGAUAGCUGAAGAAAAAGCAAUUGCUGAAAGAGCAGCUGCUGAUAAAGCGGCCAGAGAAAAGGCUGCAGCUGAGAAGGCUGCAGCUGAGAAGGCUGCAGCUGAGAAAGCUAAGAAAGCUGCACCGAAGAAUAUGACGUCUACUGAUGCGGCAUGGCAAGCUGUUCUAGCUGCGGCUGGUGUUACAGGCUCCCAACAUACUGACAUUGCAGCCCUAAUGGGUGGAAGUGGCGCGGCCGGGAUGGGAAUGGAUCCUGCUGCAUUACUUAAGUUCCUAAAUCCGCCUUCGACUCCAGCACCAAUUAUAACCACUCCGAAACCACGUAAAAUACCCAUUAGGCCUGACCCAAAAACAAGACGUGAAGUUAGGCAAAUUUUCCUUGACAAUAUGAAGCCCGGUGUUGACCCUCUUUCAAUCCUUAUUGGCCUGACACCAGAGAAACUCAUGCGUUCCGGAGUAAAUCCCGUUAUCGCAAAUAGCGCUGACUUGGCGCGAAUCGUACCUGCGACAGAGAGAGCCCUAGGAAUACAGAUUAAGAUGUUACCCACACCAGGCAUGCGUGGUAGUCAUCCCCGUGGCGCAGUUGGUCAUCCUUCCGCAAUGAGAGGCGGGGCUGGUUUAGGGGGACUGCCGCCUCCUACAAGUGGGAGUUCGCGGAGACAGUUUAUGAUCGAGCAACGAAUGAUGAAUGAAAUGAUGCAGGUCCAGAGCCCCUGGAACCAGGUGAUCCAGGCUAGCAGGGGCCCGGGCAGACCACAGGUGGACCUGGGGGUGCGGCUGCUGGACCCGGGGGUCCAGGCGGUCCAGGGGUCGGGCGUUCACGGGGAGCUAACCCAUUUGAAAUGA